AUGGUGGACAAUCUUGCAGAGGCUCUUCCCUCCUUCCCUGGAAAGGCCAAUCAUACAAGGUGUUUCUUGCACACCAUUAACCUGGUGGCGAAGUCGCUGCUCAAGGAGUUUGACAUGACGAAGAAAGAGGUGACUUGGGUGCUUGAUAACGAUGUCAGCAGCGAGAAUGACAUGGAGGACCUGCAUAUGGACAACUAUGCUGCUGAGGGUGCAGAGGAUGACAGUCUGCUGGGAGACAAUGAUGAGGGGUGGAUUGAUGAAGUGGAGUUGCUGUCUGAGCAUGAGCGCAAGCAGCUAUGGCAACAAAUAUGUCCGAUAAAAUUAGUGUUGGUGAAGGUUGCAUUCAAACUCAUACACUCCACCACUAUUCUCCUUCCUGCCUGGCAUGAGGCACUCCGUUCAUUGGAGGUGUCCGUCAUGCUGAUGCCUCGUGAUCAUCGAAAGGCUGUCGAUAUCGCAACCCAACGUCGGGAUUUGGGCCUGCGGGAGUUUGAGCUUAGUGAUGAGGAGUGGGAUAUUGCAGGUCAGCUGAGAGACGUGCUUAAGAUUCUCAAAGACGCAACUCUAUUCUUCUCACGUUUGACACCGAAUCUUGCAACAGUAAUUCCAGCCAUGGACCUCAUCCACAACGAGCUAACAAGCUACUCAUGCCACCCGAAAUAUCUACCAGCUAUUCAAGCUGCCGUCCAUCUAGCAAAGAAGACUCUCAACAGGUACUAUGAACUAACAGAUACCUCCGAAGUCUAUCGAAUCGCAAUGGUCCUACAUCCCCAUCAUAAAUUAUUGUACUUCAAAAAUGCCGGUUGGGAAGACAACUGGGUGAAUACAGCGGAAACACUUUCAAAGACAAGUUCAUCCAUGAGCAAGACCAAUAUCUUCGAUCAAAUGCCAGCCCUCGCACCACCAAAAACAACGGACCUCCACAAUGCUCUUGCAUGGUGGUACGAACACCGUGGAUUGUACCCACACCUCUCGCUGAAUGGGACUGGAUUAUUUAACCAUCCCUGGUAUGUUUUUAUUUUCACUCGUGCUACCUACUACUGCUACGUCACUAACCAAGUUGCAGCUACCUCAGUCGAUGUCGAACGUCUCUUCAGCCGCGGCCGUCUUUUGCUCUCGCAUGUUCAGUCACGCCUUUCCACAGAGUCAACACGUGCGCUGCUCUGUCUUGGAUUCUGGAGCAAGCUUAACCUUGUGAAGAGUGAGGAUGUCGUGAACGUGAGUAUGUUGCCCGAUCUGAAAGCAGAGGAAGAGGUGGGCCUGGAGGAUGGGUGGGAUCACAUUAUCAUCAAGUAG